AUGCCAGCAGUGUUUGGCAGUUGUCGUUACGAGUUCCAACAUCGUAAGACCUUGAUGAUACAAGCCGAAGUCUCGGGAGAUUACGAACUCUUGUGCAAGUUCCUCAGGAUCGGUCUUCUUACUUCAGAGCUAUUAGGGCGGGAAAAAUAUUGGACGCCCGACAUCCGUCAAUGGUCCUGGGCUUCCCAGACACCACUCAUCCUGGAUGCCGUCAGAAUGAAAGACAAGGCCAAGGUCGUUCUUCGAGUUACUCGUACAGACACUGACGAGCUUGCCAUGCCGAAACAAAGUUUUACGACCCGCCGUUUCAUUGCCGGUCUGAAUUUAUCGAUGCAUUUCGUCAACUUCUGGAGACACGAGUAUCUGUCCCCUUACAACCACCCAUGUUCUAACUUCUGUUUAAAGGGUCUCAAUUUCAUGCACAGCCUCAACAUAGCUCAUACUGAUGUGAGUUUGCUCGAUUUCCUUAUGGACUCGUCGAAAGUCUGUCUCAAAGGCUACCAUUAUGCCGACCCCACAAUGUAUGAUGGCGUACAUUGGAGCCUCCCUAUUCGUCCUCGAUGUCACGUUGCACCAGAGAAUGCUGAGGCGAAUAGGCCGUUCGAAUGUAGUGUAAAGACAUCUCCACAGUUGUCUCUCGGUCUUCCGUGCAAUCCGUUCAAAUUGGAUGUCUACAAUGCUGGCGCCACAUCCUUCGAACUUUGUGAGACAUAUCAUGGAUUGGACGACUUCCGGCCUCUUCUACUUGACAUUAUGUCCGAAGACCCGUUCGCUACACCCGAUAUGGCGGAGGCUCUACGGAGACUCGACGAGCUCGUCUCUUCGAAAGACAAAUUAUGGUUUCGCUAUCGGGCCUGGAAGUUUCAGAGAUUGGUAAAACCUCCAUCGCUGUCGGCCCAAUAUCUGUGGCGGAAGUUCCCACUUCUCUUCCAUUGGCUCUCAGAUCCUCAGACCAUUGGGCCAUUAUUGUUCGCAAACGUAGCUGUUACUAAACAUCAGGCACAAUGCAUACAAACGGUCCUACGACCCUUGCGCCAUCCCGAGCUUGCGCACCGAUCCCACAAUCAAGAAGCCCUUAACAUCUACAGAGAAUCGCCGCUUCUAACCCUGCCCCUCGACAUUGGCACCGAUGAGUCAGUCGAACAGGCGCGAACCUCGAGGCGCUUGUGA